AUGUUUGCCGCCAAAAAUUGCUGCCGUAUGGUUCAAGCCGUUUUAGGAACUCAAGUGGGUUUUGGUCUCGGCUUUCUGGUCCCUUCGAUGAUUGUACACGAUUCCGACGAUUUAAAUUCCAUUGGUGCAGAUUUUCGAACACUCUGUUGGAUUCUUACUAUCUAUAUAAUUCCAGUAGCAACGGCUAUCAUAUUUUAUUUUCCUAGAUAUCCUGCGCUACCUCCCACCAUAGCUCAAGCUGAGUAUAGAAAAUUACAAAAACCGACGUUCAAAGAGUUCUGUUCGAGGUUUUCCAAUAUUUUGAAAAAACCAGGAAUGAUUUUGCUGACGGUGGCCUAUGGAAUAAACUUUGGAAGCUACGCAACCUUCACUACAUUUUUGAAUCAGUUUAUUUUGCAAUAUUUUGAGAACAACCAAAAAGACGCAGGGACGAUGGGACUACUAUCAGUAGCAGUAGGAAUAGUUGGAACCAUCUUGGUCGGGAUAUUUUUAGACAAAACACACAAAUACAAGGAAACCAAUGUAUUCGUUUGUUAUAUGACAGCCAUCAGCAUGCUGGCAAUGGCUGGAGCAAUGAAAAUGCAGAACAUGGUCUUAACUUAUAUCGCUUGUAUAUCAGUUGGUUUUUUCGUGAAUUCCUAUUGGGCAACAGGAUUCGAACUAGGAGUAGAACUGACAUUUCCAUCAGACGAGAGCACGACCUCCGGGAUCUUGACAGCAAUGUCGCAAGGUACAGGAUUCUUGGUUUGUUGGGCAAUGGGGCCUUUUAACAAAAAUUUUGGAGCUUUUUGGAGCAUGAUAACCCUUACAACGAUUUUUUUAAUCGGUGCCGUUCUUACGCAAUUAGUGCCAAACAUAAAAAGGAGACAAGAGGAAUUUCAGAAGAACAUAAACGAGGCAAAAGAUAUAGUGAUGCAUAAAGUUUAA